CCAACACACACACACACUCCCGUUUCUGCCAAACACAGGUACUAAGGAUUGAGAGUAAGGAGAGGCCACCUGGGACUUCAGAUACCUCUUCCCUACAGUAGAGACGUAAGGAGGCUACAAUGGGGUCCCAGCUGCCCCUGUACCUCCUCCUGGCCCUCCUUGGCAGCUCACAUGGAGCAGGGCCAAGCAUGACUUUGCAAAUGAAGCUGAAAGCAUAUUUUCUGCCAAAUGUCUCCCAUGACUCCAGCUUCCUGGAAUUGCUCAAGAAGCUCUGCCUUCUCCUCCAACUCCCAUCGGAGACCAACGUCACCCUCCAUCAUGAAGGACCCCCACACUACUUUAUCUGCAAAACCUGAGAAUAACUGAAGCCUGUGUUGGCUGUGGGGAUUAGGUCCCUGGGUGCAGGGUAGUGCACUGACCCUGUCUUCCAGCAGAUUCUUGUCCUGCUAUGUGCCAAUAAAAUGCUGUAUCCAA